UUCAUUCCUCCAACCAGACACAAAAGGCCAUGGUCAACCACAGCUCCCCAGCGGGCUUCCUCCUGCUGGGCUUCUCUGAACACCCACGCCUGGAAAAGAUUCUCUUUGUGGUUGUCUUGUGUUCCUACCUCCUCACACUCCUAGGAAACACACUCAUCCUCCUGCUGUCCACACUGGACCCCAGGCUCCACUCUCCAAUGUACUUCUUCCUCUCUAACCUCUCCUUCUUGGACCUCUGCUUCACCACAACCUGUGUGCCCCAGAUGCUGGUCAACCUCUGGGGACCCACAAAGACCAUCAGCUUCCUGGGAUGCUCUGUCCAGCUCUUCAUCUUCAUGUCCUUGGGGACCACCGAGUGCAUUCUCCUGACAGUGAUGGCCUUUGACCGCUAUGUGGCAGUCUGCCAGCCCCUGCACUAUGCCACCAUCAUCCACCCCCGCCUGUGCUGGCAGCUGGCAGCUGUGGCCUGGGCUAUAGGUUUGGUCCAAUCCAUAAUUCAAACACCUCCCACCCUCCGCCUGCCCUUCUGUCCGCAUAGGCAGAUAGAUGACUUUCUAUGUGAAGUUCCAUCUCUAAUUCGACUCUCCUGUGGGGAUACCACCUAUAAUGAGAUCCAGAUGGCUAUUGCUAGUAUCUUCAUUGUGGUUGUUCCUCUGGGUCUCAUCCUUGUCUCUUAUGGUGCUAUCGCCAGGGCAGUAAUGAGGAUAAACUCUGCAAAGGGACGCAGGAAAGCUUUCGGGACCUGCUCCUCCCACCUCAUCGUGGUCACCCUCUUCUAUAGCUCAGUCAUUGCUGUCUAUCUGCAGCCCAAAAAUCCCUAUGCCCAAGAGAGGGGCAAGUUCUUUGGGCUCUUCUAUGCAGUGGGCAUGCCUUCUCUUAACCCUCUUGUAUAUACCCUGAGGAACAAGGAGGUCAAGAGAGCAUUCUGGAGGCUGCUGGGGAAGGAUGGGGCCUCUGGGGAGAGCUGA